CGACGUCGCAACUAGAAAAAGUCAACCAUCGACGAUUGCUUGAGUUCCCCACAGGUCGCUGUAGUCAUACGACUCAGGCUUUGCGAUGAAAUCCCGGCCGAUGUUUUCCACCUUCGUAAAACCUCUGCAGUCGAAUAGCGCAUUUGGGAGAUUACCACGUCAUCGACAUUUAUACACGCGGGCUACCACAGCAGGGUUGAGCUGCCAGAUAUGGUAUGAGAGGUCACAGUACACCACGCAACAAGCGGGAUAUGAAAAGAUAGUCGGAGUGCAGGGCAGGCGGCAUGCCUCAUCGUCAGCAGCACCUGCGAAAAGGACAGGUCACAAUAUCGCAGCAGCACCUCCGCCAUUGAGCAAAACCAACAGCACAAGAGUACCUGCAAAGACAAGCCCCCAGCGACCUCUACAACCGGUACGGAAUUCUCCUUCUUCCCCUCUUCCUCCAGUACCGAUACACCCGUCGAAAAGCGCCACUGCCCCAACCCUCCGAGCCAUAGAGAAACUCAACCCUCCACCCUUUGCCUACGCCCCCGAAAUCUCCGUCCCCGCCCGAAAAGCCGAUCAGAACCUCAUCAAGUGGCUUUGGAGCGCCGGCCGCGCAUACCUCGCCUUCUACAAAAAGGGCAUCUCACACGUGCGCCAAACGGCCAAACUAGCAAAGUCUCUGCGCAAAAAGGCAGCUGCUCACACGCCGAAAAGGCCAAUGACCGAGGUCUUGACGAGAGCGGAAUGGCAAGUCGUACGACGAAGCAGGCGCGAUGUCUUGCGCCUUCCUGUCUUUGGCGUCUUGAUGCUUUUGCUGGGUGAGUGGUUGCCGGUUGUGGUUUUGUACUUGACGCCCGUUAUACCGGAGGUGUGUCGUAUACCGCAGCAAGUCGAGCGGACGCUACGAAAGCGAGAGGAUAAGCGGCAGGAUCGGCUUCGGAAGAUUAGUCUGAAGUCCAUGCGGUUGUUGGGUAAGGAUCGGCCUGCUUCUAGUACGUUGUCUGAUUCAUCCUCGUCUGGAGCGAUUCCCAAGGGAAAGACCUGGGCGGAUAUGAGUCUUUUCGAACUCUGUGUCACGGCUGCCAAGUUGGAUGUGUAUCCCGCGGUUUUUGACUGGGUUCCGCUUGCGCCGCCGAAAUGGUGGAUGCAGCGCAGUGUGAGGCGGAAACUGGAGUACCUAGAGACGGAUUAUAGGCUCAUUGAACGGGAUGGGGGGCUUGGCGGGUUGAAUGCUGAGGAGGUGAAACGGGCGUGUGUGGAGAGGGGGGUUGUGGUGUUAGGGAGGAAGGAGGAGGAGCUUAGGAGGGCGUUGGCGGGGGUGUGGGCGGAGGCCAGGAGGUAGUGUGGGAGAUGGAAAUAGAUGGGACUUUUUUUUAGAUGUGUAUAUAAGGGAUGAGAAUGUUCCUCCGGUAUGAUGC